CGUAUGAACAGUAUUUUCAUACGAUAUUCAUGUAUUUUCACACACAAUGUGGUCUUUUUAUCGAAUCUUUAUUUUCCUUCUACACGUGUUGUGGUGUAAAGGAGUCAGAGUGGAUGACCAAUGGUGGGAGCAUGCACACUUGAAUCAAAUUUAUACGCGAUCCUUCCAAGACAGUGAUGGCAAUGGAAUUGGAGACAUAAACGGAAUCACAUCUAGACUAAAUCACCUCAAAGAUAUAAGCGUAGACGGUGUAUGGUUGUCUCCCAUUUUUCAAAGUCCUUUGAAAGAUUUCGGUUACGAUAUCUCUGAUUAUCGAAGCAUUCAUCCCGAUUAUGGAACAAUGGACGAUUUCGAGCGAUUGAUUGCACAAUGCAAGGAAUUAGACAUUAAAUUGCUUUUGGAUUUGGUGCCAAAUCACUCUUCCGAUCAACACGAAUGGUUUAAGAAAUCCUCGAAUCCAAAACAUCCAGAAUAUCAUAAAUAUAAAGAUUACUAUAUUUGGAAUGACGGGAGAAAAUUAGCGAAUGGCACAAGGGUUCCACCAAGCAAUUGGCGCAGUGUAUUUGGUGGCAGUGCUUGGAAAUGGGUCGACAGCCGACAAUCUUUUUAUUUGCAUCAAUUUGCAUGCGAACAACCUGAUUUGAACUUUCGAAAUUCUGAAGUCACAAAUGAAAUGGACGAAAUCAUUCGAUUUUGGUUACGGAAAGGAGUAGCUGGAUUUCGAGUCGACGCUGUCGCCUAUUUAUUCGAAGGACGCGAAAAUGCGGACGGACUCUAUGAUGAUGAGCCCAUGUACGGUGGACAAUUCUUAAAUAAUCCAAAUCAUCAUACUGGGUUAUCUCACAUAUACACAAUGAGUUUGAAAGAAUCGUACGACUUAGUUUGCCAUUUUCAUGAAGUGAUAAAGGAAGACGAAUUUUCCAAUUUGAAACCCAUUUUGAUGACUGAAGCGUAUGUGUCACUGGAAAAUCAGCUGAAAUAUUAUGCAAAUGUGCGAAAUGGUGUAAUACGUAGAAUUGGAGCCGAAGUUCCGUUUAACUUUAGGCUUUUGACGAAAACAACUAGGUACUCAACGGCGGUGGACUUUAAAGUUUGUAUUGAAGAAUGGAUCAAUCACAUGCCAAAAGGGGAGAAAAUUCGUCCAAAUUGGGUCCUCGGAAAUCAUGACAACAACCGACUGUCUUCGAAAUAUGGAGCAACACGAAGCGAUAUUUUCAACAUAUUGAUAAAAACUUUGCCCGGCAUCACCAUAACAUAUUACGGUGAGGAGAUUUCGAUGGUUGACGUGAAGAUUCCGCCGAAAUAUGUUAUUGAUAAACUGAAUUUAAAUUUGGAUGGCUCCAUAUUCACUAGAGAUUCAUUUCGAACACCAAUGCAAUGGAAUCGUAGUGUAAAUGCUGGGUUCACUAAAGCUCGAAAACCGUGGCUUCCAGUCUCUAAAUACUACAUGACUUUCAAUGUGGAGUCUCAAAAAUCGGGAAAACGAAGUCAUUUAAAGGUGUUUCAAAAAUUAAUGGAUUUACGUAAACACCCCACGAUGAAAUAUGGUGAACUCAAAAUUGAAGCAAUUAACUGCAAUGUGCUGGCAUAUAAACGAGAAAUCGAAAAUGUUGAUGUCGAUGUCAUUGUUGUUAUUUUGAAUUUGGGCCAAACAAGAGAAACUAUUGAUGCAAACGCCUCUCUUGGUAGAUUACCAAAACAAAUGAAAAUCGCAAUUUCUUCAAUCCAAUUUGGAAAAGAAGGCUAUGUUAACACUCGAAAAGUUACAAUACCAGCAAAUGUCGGACUUGUUUUAAUUGGAAGAAAAUAAGAAAUAUAAACUACAAAUUAUUUUUUUAAAUUU